UGUGGACGUGGCAAACUUAUCACGUCGCGCUGCGUCCUCCCCACGCCUACAUAAAGCUUCGCCGUUUCAUGGUGUCCGUCGGUCGCAAGCACAAGUUGCACGCUGAACACUGUAGCAGGAUGCAAAGCGGGAAGAGAGUGGUGGAGUCUGCUAAAGACACGGCGGGGAACAUCACCGCCUCCACCAAGGCCGGCAUGGAGAAGACCAAAGCCUCCGUCGAGGAAAAGGUGGAGAAGAUGAGGGCCAGGGACUCGGAAGAGAAGGCGGAGGCGGGGCGGCGGAAGGAGGAGAGGAAGUACGUGGCGGAGGCCGAGAAGGAGGCAGCGAAAGAGCGGCACGCGGCAGAAAGGGAGGAUGUGAGGGCUGGUGGAGCUGCAGGCGGCGUUGUGGCUGGCUACCCGGCUGGCCAAACUCCGGUGGCAUCCGGCGGCCACGCCCAUGCUGGUGGUCGUGGCUCCACCACGGGCCCCGUAUUCUGACCGAUUUAAACAUGUAGAUAUAUCGCAUAAAGCCAAAUAGAUGAUGCCUUUGUAUA